AGGAGCCCGGGCAGGCGAGGGGCGGCCGGGCAGUGCCGGGGCCGGAGCCGGGUGUCUAUUCGAGGAGUGCAGAGAACAUCACCGCGUGCCCACGGUCCCAGAGCAGCUUGCACGCCGCUCUCGGUGGGGGAUUUGCAGUUGCAAUAUGACUUUGGAGGAAUUCUCGGCUGGCGAGCAGAAGACCGAAAGGAUGGAUAAGGUGGGGGAUGCCCUCGAAGAAGUGCUCAGCAAAGCCCUGAGUCAACGCACCAUCACUGUCGGGGUGUAUGAGGCGGCCAAGCUGCUUAACGUCGACCCAGAUAACGUGGUGCUGUGCCUGCUGGCGGCCGACGAGGACGACGACAGGGACGUGGCUCUGCAGAUCCACUUCACCCUGAUCCAGGCGUUCUGCUGCGAGAACGACAUCAACAUCCUGCGUGUCAGCAACCCGGGCCGUCUGGCCAAGCUCCUGCUCCUGGAGUCCGAGGCCAGCCCGGCGGCGAGCGAGGGCGCCGAGCAGCCUUCUGACCUGCACUGUGUCCUGGUGACGAAUCCACAUUCAUCACAAUGGAAGGAUCCUGCCUUAAGUCAACUUAUUUGUUUUUGCCGGGAAAGUCGCUACAUGGAUCAGUGGGUUCCAGUGAUUAAUCUCCCUGAACGGUGAUGGCAGCUGGAUGAAAAUAACUGAACCAGAUUGCACUAACGUUUUGAAAUACCUUUGUAGUUACUCAAGCAGUUACUCCCUCCACUGAUGCAAGGAUUACAGAAACUGAUGUCAAGGGACUGAGUGAGUUCAACUACAUGUUCUGGGGGAGCGGAGAUAGAUGACUUUGCAGAUGGAAAGGUGAAAAUGAAGAAGGAAGCUGUGUUGAAAUCGCAAUACAAGUCAAAAGGAACAAAUUACAAAGAGCCACGCAGGAAGGAAAACAAACUCUGUAUUCCUCUGGAUGGUUUGGGUUAUAUUCCAAUAAACCAAAUAUGCUUUGUUAAAGUUUAAAGAAUGCAGCAGUAGUUUGGGGGGAUUUCAGGUUUAUAUACCCCAAAGGAAAAGAAGAGCAGAAAGGGUUAAUCAUAUUUUAAAACCAUAUUUUAUUGUACUUUGAUGUUAAAAUGCUCAAAAGUUUUAUUAUAAAUUGUGCUAAGUUAUUUUAUGACAUGAAAGGUUAUUUAUGCUAUACUUUUGUCCCCAAAACACAAUACCUACAAUAAACUGGUAUGAAUUAAUUGCA